GUUGACAAAUACAAAUGUCCUACUACUUCACCAUUCUCUCCCCCACAGAUGUUCCUUUGUUCAACAUCGCCUUCGGCACCUCCAAAAGUGGUGGCGAUGGAAUUGCCCGCUUCCGCUUUCCCGAUACCGCACAAUACAUGAACCAAUUCAUCAUCCAUUCAAGUUUGGACAUUGUAGAGGAAGCACAGUGGAUGAAUGGGAACCUGUAUCUAAAACACAUCGACACCUAUCCCCCCGCGUCAGCUUAUAUCUCUGCCUUCCUCGCUCCCUCCGGCGCCCGAUUUCUCCUCUUACAUCAACCCCCUCAACUCCCCUCCGCUUCCUCCACUGGAAGCGGAUCUUCUUCGAUACUGGGAGCAAGUUUCUCGGCCUCUGCUCUAGGAGGUGGUAGUUCCAGUCGCGCGUCAUCUAGUUCAAUCGGGGCGAACCCAACCUCCCCGCAGACUGAGGAGGCCGUGCGCCAAUUCAUGAACGAGGUUUACGAAAACUAUGUCAAGACCGUGAUGAGCCCAUUCUACAGCCAAGGAAUGGAGAUUAGGAGUCCCGUCUUCAGGUCGAGGGUUACGGCUGCGGGAAGAAAAUGGCUGUAAUCUCUCUGUUUCUUUCUUCCGCUUUCUUAAUACCACUUUCCUGCUUAUACCUGUUUGUUCUUUGAGCAUAUUCUACUUGUGUAUAUUUUUCGGGAGUCAAUGGUUAGAUUCUACUUCAAAAUUCAAAAUUUCAACAGAA